AAUGCUGAUCAUCACAUUCAGGGCGUAUUAUAAGGGGAAGGGUUAUAGAGGGUCCAAUGUUCCAUGCGUUUAUAAUAAUUUUUGGACGUGACGUCACGUCACUUGUUUCGUAAGACGUGACAUGCGAAGUAUUCUGUUCUUGGACGGACGCGGACGGACGUGAGGUAUUUUGGUGGUUAAUUGAAUCACCAGCUGUGAAGUGAGAAUGUUGAAGACAGUGGCAAGAUCAAAAUUUUGCAGACUUUUAGUUCUUCCAAGUCGCAGGGUGCACGAGACUAACCGAAAACUUGAAGUAAAAGAAGUACAGGAAAUAAAAAUACCAGUACCUUGGGGUCAUAUAGCAGGGAAAUGGUGGGGAGACACAAAUAUUCAACCUUUAAUUGGGCUGCAUGGUUGGGAGGACAAUGCUGGGUCUUAUGAUACAUUAGCACCCCUUUUGGAAAUACCAAGUUUCCUUGCAAUUGACAUACCUGGUCAUGGAUUGUCAACUCACUUUCCAUUUGGCAAACCUUACCAUUUAUUGGAUACUGUGUUACUUCUGAGGCGAAUAGCAAAAUAUUUCAACUGGAAUACUCUCUCUCUAGUGGGGCAUUCAUAUGGUAGUGGUGUCAGUUUCGUUUUUGCAGCAAUAUAUCCUGAAUGUGUGAAUACUUAUAUUAGCAUAGAUUGUGCUCGAACAUUGAUGGCACCUGACAAGAGGACAGAAAUUCAGCAACUGAGAAUGAUAAGUGAUAAAUUAUUGAGUUUGGAGAAGAAAAUGCAAACAAAUGAACCCCCAUCAUACAAUUAUGACCAAAUUGUAGAUAUUUUACAUAAGGGGUCAUUAGAAUCUCCAUCAAUCGAGUCCUGCAAGGUUCUGUUAAAGCGGGGUAUGCUUCCAUCUACAAAGCCAGAUAGCUUCUAUUUCUCUCGUGAUCCUCGACUUAGGUUUCAUGCAAUGGGUCGUCUUCCAUUUGAAUAUCUCUUACAAUGUGCUCCAAGAAUUAAAUGUCAUCAUUUAAGCAUCAGAGCUGUACAAGGUUUGCUAUUUGGUGGUGAGAGAGAAGAAGUAUAUUUGAAAACUCGAGAUUUAAUAAAGAAACCUGGAUUUCACUUCGAACAUCAUGAUGUGGAAGGAACUCAUCAUUUACAUUUGAACAAUCCUGAGAAAGUGGCACCGUUAAUAAACAACUUUUUAAAUUUAUGUCAAGUUAAACAUUGAUUUGUGAUGAUAUUAGAGUUAAUAAUUUUACAGCACAUAUUUAAGUGGCCUGUUACAGAAGAUACACAGUUUUAGGUUUUAAUGUAAAUUAUUUUUUUUAAAUAGUUUGAAAUGAAAAAUCAGUAUUUAUAUUAUAUUUACUAUUUUGGUAAUGAAAAACAGUGACUAUCAAAAUGUGUAUAUCUAAUUAAUUGUGUGAUACUUGGCUCCUGGAGAGCAACUAGAGCAGUGACCAAUACUAAAUAGCUCUUAAGAUUUAGCAUUAAUUUCAAAUUGUUGGAAUAUAUGAUUUGUAAGCUAGUUUUUGUGUGACUAUAUCUCUCAAAUUUUUGAUUUAAUGUGUCAUGAAGUUCAUUUAAGUUUCCAGUCUAAUUGCUAGACAAUGGUGAUUGAGCACAGUACUAUCUGAAAAUGGCUGAGUUUGUAAAUGUGGAGUAGCACAAUGAAGGAAAAUACUGUAAUAGAAAUUGUAAUGAAUUAAAGUUUUGUUGGGUUACAUUUCAAUCAUGUUUUAGAGACUAGCCUUUUAUGAGAAGUUUCUGUGAAAAGGAUUGUACAUUUUUGUAACUUUUGCUUUUUAUGAAUUGUGUUCAAGUUGCUAAUUAAGGAUUAGUAUUGCAUUCAGUUCACUCGUGUGGAGCAGGUCUCUCACUGGCGGGUGGUAAAACCUGAGCUCGUAAUAUCUGUGGGUGGUAACACCUAAUCGUAGUAAUUGUAUGUUAAGUCUGGGCCAGGUUUACAUGGGUGGGGAACCCCAAGGCUAGCAUGUGCAGACCAUAUAAAAUGUUAAAAUGCCUUUUAAAAUUCAAUAUGGUAUUAACAAAUGUGUUACGAGACAAUUAAUAAAUAACGCCUUUUGGGGAUCCCAGUUGCCCCAGUUUAAAUCUGGUUCUGAAGUUAAAAGUUCCAUGAAAUGAAUUAGCAUCAAAUGCCUCAAUAUUUAUUUUUUAGUGAUUUAUGAAUCCAGACAAGUUAGAUAAAUUGUUAUUGUUAUAAAUGUUGUGAUAACAAAAUGUUAUCAAAUAACUACAUUGUGUUUCUAUAAGAAACAGGAAUCUGAAACAAAAUAUUAAUAUUGUGUAUAUUUGACAUAAAUUUAAUUUUAAAUAUUUUUUUCUUUGUUUAAUGUGUUCUAAUUUAUUGCUGUUAAUUAUCACAUUUAACUUCCUUAGUUGCUCUAAAGAUAUACUAUUAUAUUUUUUAAAUCUAUAUUCACAUUUUUGAACAGUUUUUUUGUUUUGCUGGAUCAGUCAUAACUAGUCAUUGGAUUUUAGGACAAAAGCCUUUUUACUUUCUUUAGGAGAUUGUUGAAGAUUUUGACAAAUCAUGAAAAAAUUCAUCUAGUGAAAGUAUCUAAUUCUGCCUAAAACAAAUAAUUUUGAAGAAUUAUCAUAUUUUAAUUACUAAUUUUUUAAAUUUAUACCGGAAAGUGAAUCUUCCCUGAUCGAAUAUGCAAUUAAUUACGCUCCAAGAUCUCUUACCCAACAACCGAACAUAACGAGCUCUGCAAGUCGAAAUAAAGAGGAUGUUUCAUAAAUUUUUUUCAUUGGAAUGCAAAGGAAAGUCUUUGACAGAUCAAGUGUCUGUGAUGCAAGACGUCCAUGUAAAAAUUAGUUCUAUUAAAGAGAGCCGUUGGGGACAAAGUAAAAUGCAAAUGGAAAAGCGUAUUAAAAAAAAUAAUUAUUUUAAUAUACGAGACACUGCCUUACUGAAGAAAAUUUGGAGAAAAUCUUUAUUAUAUACUGUUCUGCUAAUCAUGAAAGAGAUUCAAAUAAUAUGCGUGUAGUCAUGCUCAGUUGUAGAUACCAAAAACAUAACUUUUCAUGUCUAAUGUGUUUAAAUGGCUAAUAAUCAUUUUGUAACCUAUUUUAAAAGCUUAAAACCUGGCUUUUCAUGACUAAUGGUACCUAAUUUCAUACUUUUUUGCUUAUUUUAGGUGCCUAAAUCAUUGCUUUUUUGAGCCUAAAAUUCCGGGGUCUAACCAUAACAUACUAAAGAGCAUUAAAUAAAAAUGUGGUUAUUUCUUAGUUAUUCUGAAUAGGAGCUAUGAAUUUAUUUGGUCAGUAAACUUAACAGUACUAUGAAAAAAUUAAUUAAAUUGUUGAUGAUUGAUUUUGUAUGUGUUUAGGCAAAUGGUGGGGAAGCUCAGACAAGAAGCCUUUACUAGGUCUGCAUGGUUGGCAAGAUAAUGCUGGUACAUGGGACAGAUUAGCACCUCUGCUGCCAUCAGAUAUCAGCCUCCUGGCAAUUGAUAGUCCUGGUCAUGGGUUGUCUUCAUACUUUCCAAGAGGUAUUCCAUAUCGUAUUACUGACCAGAUAUUUACUUUGCGGCAUGUUGUCAAUUAUUACGGAUGGGACAAAAUUUCUCUGCUAGCUCAUUCAAUGGGUGCUGUACAAUCUUUUAUUUAUUCAGCAGUUUAUCCCGAUCAAGUUGAAAAUUUGAUUUUAGUUGAUGCUUUUAAACCAUUAUCAAUUGAUCCCAAGAAAGAUAUAGAUAAGCUUGCAGCAGAUCUCGACCGAUUUCUGAAAGUAGAAGAUGUAGAUGACAGUUUGAAGCCUUCCUAUAGUUAUGAAGAAACAGUCCAGAGAUUGUAUGAUGGAAUGGUGGGUCAGUCAGUAUCCAAAGAAUCAUGUGAAGUAUUAUUGAAAAGAGGAACUGAAAAAUUUGGUGACAAGUAUGCUUUUACAAGAGAUAAUGCUCUAAAAGUUAAAAGGCUGAGUGGUUGGUUACAUGAGUACGUACUUUAUAUGGCAUCAUGCAUCACAUGCAAUGUACUAUUUAUUAAGGCUGAUCCAGGUCUUGUAUUUGAAAGCUUAGAAGUCAACAAACAAACAUUAGAAACUAUGAAGAAAUCAGCCAAGGUUUUUGAGUUCCACACUGUGGAAGGGUUGCAUCAUGUUCAUCUGAACAAUCCUGAAAGAGUGGCACCUAUCAUCAUUAACUUUCUAAAAUCUCCAAAUCAAAAGAAAUCAGAUAUUUCAAUAAGUUCCCUAGAAAAAAUGAGCAAAAAAGAAUUUUUAAAUUUUAUGUGAGUACCAGGUAUUGACUUGUUUGUUGAAAGCUUGUAUUAAAAUGAGAAAACAGUAUUACAGAACAUGGCAUACUUUCUUACUGUGUUUAGUUUUAUUCUAUUUAUUACAAUAGAAAAUUACAAAAAUUAAUAUAAAUAUAUCAUUGAUUGUUGUUGCAUUUCCUGAAUGAGCAAUUUAGUUGACAACUUUGAGAGUACUAUUUCUCAUUAGUAUGAGUGUUGUAAUUAUUUAACUGCAGUAUGAAAGUAUGCAUUGAAAUGCAUAAUGAAGCAGGUGCCAAGAACUCUUCGAUUUUUGCAAGCAAUUUUAUGUACAUGACCAUUUUCUCUUUUUUUACUGGAAAAAUCUCUCAACAGAAUGUGUUUCCUAUUGAGAGUACAGUUUUCCAAUGGAGAGAAUGAGAGUAAAGAAAAUAUUUAUUUAAAAAAAUUAUAAUAUCUGUUUGAGAACUAUAUUGCCAUUAUUUCAUUGUGUUUAUGUAAAAUUUUCACUUCAUUUCUUUUCCUAGAAUUUUUAUUGAUACUUCUCCAUUUCCAUUUUUCAGUCCUCAUCCACCAGACCAUCCAUUUCCAUACAUUUCUGUUUUCUCUUUACUUUUUUAAAUUUAUUAAUAAUAUUCAUAACAGGAUGAUUGUAAAAGCUGCAUCCCACUUUCCAUGAUUGGCUUGAAAAUUUAAAUAAUAAAUACUUUUCUUUCAAAUUCUUCAGAAGAUAAUCAAAGUAAUGGUAUGAAAAGGGACUGUAUUGCUGUUGUUAGAAAUUAUUUUGCCAAUGACAAACAACCAAGAAAAGUUCUUGACAAUCUUUAUUAAACAUACUGUAUGAUUUUGAUCAUUCACAUAACACAGCAAUAUAAAUUAAAAGUUUUACAUGUUUUCAUGUAUAAAAUAUGAGAAAAUAGAUACAAUGACAUACAUUAUUAAUGUAUCUUACAAAUCUACAUGGUUUUACAACAAAUGUGUUGAUUCAUUAAAAAUUCAUUCUUUCAACAAUUCAAAAAUAUGGUAUAAUACAAUGCAUAGCAUUGAUAACACAAUAAGUAUCAUUACUGUAUUCAACAACUCUCUUAGGAUGAAUAACACUUUUCAGUUGCACACAGGAAAUACUUUCAGUAGAAUACAUUCAACAUACACAUUUUCAAAAUGAAUCAAUGAUGUACCACUUUUUGCUCAAUUGUUCUUUACUUUAAAGUAAAACAAAAAAAAAAUUGACAUUUAAUGUCAAUGUAUUUUCAAACGCUGUCCAUUGUUCAUAUUUGUAAAAGAAAAUUAUAAAACAGUGAGUUUGACAUUUUAAUAGUCACCUUUCAAGUAUUAACAUUUUAUUACUUUCAAUGGUAUUAACUUACCUAAGUUUUCAUUUCACUGUCAAUUUUGAAAUGAUUAAAUUAUAAAAAGUUUCCCAAAUAACUGAUGUACAUUACAGGAAUCUCAAAGAUAUGAAAUAGUUCUAAUUAUCAUAAGAAAUUGUUGUUUGCCAAAUUAACAGUAUAUUAAGCUAUUUCAUGAAUGAUUUUCUUUAUAUUAGUCUAUAUUUGUAAAGAAAUGGUUUGUGACAUAACCCAUUAUUUAAGUGAAAUUAUAUUUUAUUAUAAAAUAAGUAUUUAACUAAAUAGUUAAUAAGGAGUUAUAUUUAUACAAUUACAGUCUUAUAACAAUACUUGUUUGUGCAUUAAGAAUCUUAUAUUGCAUUGCUUCAACAAGAAAUAUAUUCAGAUUUGAAGAGAUAGUUGUAGUUUACCUAUAGUUAAAAUGAAAAAAAAAGAAUGGCUUAGCAGUAACCUAUAGCCAAACAUUACUCAUUUAACUGAAGGAAAGUAGAAGCCAUCAUUUAUUCAUAAUGCAAAGUCCUUCCUUUUUUCUUAUCCAGUUCUAAUUUGAUGGUAUAUCAAAUUUCAUUUCUAUAAAUUAACAUUAAUCUAUGUCACAAAGAACACAAAGUUUUAUAUUUUUGGAGUGUAGCUAAUUCUUGGAGCCCUUAGUGUGUAGGGUCUAAAUGAGGUCCCCCCACUGCAGAAUGCAAAUGUGAUAUGAGUUUUAUAUUUUAUUUUAUAUACAAAGUUCUACUAUAAAUAAGAUUUCACCUUGGGAAAAAAAAAAAUCUUAUGCAAAUGAAAUAUUUUGUUUUACAAAA